AGACUCAGCAUAACACAUACUUAAGCAGAUAUUUUGGCCUGCUUUCCCUUCCUCAGUGUAAGCCGCUUUCUGUUGUCCCUUUGACUUUCCUAAGACUGAGAAUUAAUAUACUCGUAGGAUGCAAAUCAGAUAAAGUGCUUGGCCGUAAUCCUUGUAUUUCGUCAAUAUCAAGCUUCGAACUCCCCCCCCCCCCCCCUCCCACCACAUGGCGAAGCUUCGGUUGCGCCCGCGCUUCUUCCUCCUCGUGGGCGUCUUACUGCUAGCGGCGUGGGCGUUCGUGGAGGAGGCGAAUCGCUUGCCGGACACACUCAAGCAGACCGACCUGUUCGACGCGUGGCUGCUCCAGAAGCGGAAUAACAUCAGCCGCUACGAGAUCAAGAAGCUGGGCCUCGAAGCGGACGCGGAGACGUACCAGCGGUGGCUCGUCUUCAAGCUCCUCGACAGCCUGCGGGAAGGCAACGUCACGGGAAGUAUACGCGAUUUACGCAUCCUUCGAGAGUACAUGCAGUACCAGAAGUGGCUCUCGCAAAGGACCGAGGAAAAGGGUCAAGCCCCCGGCGCAUCGGCACAAGAACGAGGCCACACCGUUGAAGAAGGGCAGGACGACUGGCAAGACCCGCUCGCGGACGACGGCGAGGACGUGGAGUAUGAGGACGACGACAAUGAAGAAGAAUCGAUUGAGCUGCGCCUUCAGAAGCGCCGGAAUAGCAUGCUUAACUCUUGUGCAGCGGAGGAGCAGGAUUCGGCGAAGGAGGAUCUCGCCCGGGUGCUGCCGCGCCUCGGUUUCUUCUUCGAUCAAAAGACCUCCGUCUGUGCUGUUGGCAAGGCAGGGUCGUCGUCAUGGAGAGAGCACAUCCACAGAGUGAACGGUAUUCCUCAAAACAUUCAGAUACAAGACGACCCUCGCGUCAAGGAGUUCUUUGAGCAGCCAGAGGAGGCUCUUUAUGCGACCGUCAUCUCGUCGGCAAAGAUUAUAAGUGUUAGGCAUCCACUCACGCGCCUGGUGUCCUGUUACCGCAGCAAGUUCGAAUACGGUCGCCCCAUGAAACCUUACGAACCCAAGAAGGAAGCUAGUUAUUUAGCGAAUCACAAUGCUCUUGACUGGCCGACCAGAUUUUACACGUACUGGCUUCCUGCAUUACAUACAAACGGCUUGAUUCCAGAGGAUACCCACGUUCAUCUAAAUCUUUCCGAGCCUAUUAACCCGGCUGUCAAGUACGAUAUAACGGUUUAUAAAGGACUCUAUCACCUGCUCAAGCCGCACGUGUUAUUUUCUCAUUUCUUAACGCAUGUGGUUCAAACGCACAAGACCGGCACCUGGAACGGACAUUGGGGGAAAUACACUGAAUUAUGUGCUCCUUGUGGCUUCAAGUACGACUACGUUAUCAAACUGGAGACGAUGUCAGAGGAUUUAGAGUACGUCUUUCAGAAGCUGGGCAUCCCGUCCAACCCCCACUUGAGGAAGAACAAAAGUACAAGGAGGAAAGACUUCAGCAAAUAUUUCAGGUAUUACAGGUGGAUAUCGAAGGAGCUCAAGAGAGAAGUGUUCGAAACCUACAAAGACGACUUGGAGAUGUUCGAAUACACGCUUCCAAAGAACUUCUUGUGAAUUGACCAACUUAUUCGCAUCCGUUCGCGAAGAUUUCGAUAUGUCUCAUGUCAUGUUCGGAUUUACGUGUCGGUUAUUUCGAACAUUACUUAUUUAUUUACUUGUUUGUUUUUGUUGGUGUGGCGGAUGAAGUUAUUGUAAGUUACUGUGUAUAUGUAAGUGAAGUAGAAUUAGAAAUGGCAACCAGAUGUUUUAUAUUGCUUAUAUUAUACACAC